CAGAGGGUUAAAACCUGCCAACUGUUAGUGGUCAGGUUACUUUUUCUCCUGUAAUCAUAGACCAAAGAGAUGUGCAGCUGUCAGCAUUAUCUUGGUCCCAAGUCAAGACGCCGGUCAGAUUACCAGACGACUUUGAGCUCCAGAUAAGAUAAAGAAGAACAGAUAUUUCAUAACGUGUCGCAUCUGCGAACGCCGCUCCUUCCUGAGAAAAGUGGUUGAAGAAUGCAGGCAACAUCUGUUCGAGGCUGGAUUUAUUGAGCUGAAGGAGUCUGAGCAGUGGGACAUCAAGCCAGCCGGCAAGUACUUUGUGACCAGGAACUUCUCCAGUCUCAUUGCUUUUGCAGUGGGCGGAUGUUACCUGCCAGGGAAUGGUUUCUCCAUGAUCGGAGCCCACACAGACAGCCCCUGCCUCAGAGUGAAGCCGAGGUCUAAGAGGACAAAGCAGGGCUGUCUGCAGGUGGGUGUGGAGUGUUACGGCGGCGGCAUCUGGAACACCUGGUUCGAUCGAGACCUGACCAUCGCCGGCCGCGUAAUAGUCAAGAGUGGUGGGAAGCUCAUCCACCGGCUGGUCCACAUCCCCCGGCCUCUCCUCAGGGUUCCUCACCUCGCCAUCCACCUGCAGCGGGACAUCAACGACUCCUUCGGCCCAAACAAGGAGAACCACUUAGUUCCCAUAAUCGCCACGGCCGUUCAGGAGGAGCUAGAGACGGGUUCUUCUUCAUCUGGAGAUGCUUCCUGCGCCUCCACCACGAUGGAGAAGCACCACCCAGCCCUGGUGAAGGCGUUAUGUUCAGAGCUCAGCGUUGAGCCUGAAGUUCUGCUGGACUUUGAGUUGUGUUUGGCCGACACGCAGCCGGCGGCAUUGGGAGGAGUGUUCGAGGAGUUCAUCUACUCUCCUCGUCUGGAUAACCUACACAGCUGCUAUUGUGCUCUAAAGGGACUGAUGGAGUCGUGCAGCGGAGACUCUCUGGCCAAAGAUCCAAACAUCCGCAUGAUCACUCUGUACGACAAUGAGGAGGUGGGAUCUGAGAGUGCUCAGGGCGCUCAGUCCAACCUGACGGAGAUGAUCCUCAGUCGGCUCUCUGCCUCCUCCUCCAACCUCACCGCCUUCCAGCAGGCGGCGCCGCGGUCCUUCAUGAUCAGUGCUGACAUGGCACAUGCCGUGCAUCCAAACUACCAAGAGAAACACGAAGAAAACCACCGACCGGCCUUCCACAAGGGUCCGGUGAUCAAGUUCAACAGCAGCCAGCGCUACGCCACCACAGCUGUCACAGCCUCCAUCAUCAGAGAAGUGGCCGGGCGGGUCGGCGUGCCGCUGCAGGACGUGAUGGUCCGCAACGACAGCCCCUGUGGGACCACCAUCGGACCGAUCCUGGCAGCUCGCCUCGGCGUUCCCGUGGUGGACAUCGGUGCUCCACAGCUCUCCAUGCACUCCAUCAGGGAGAUGUGCUGCACCUCCAGCGUGCUGCAGAGCACCACCCUCUUCAAGGGUUUCUUUGAGUUGUUCCCCACCGUGAGGAGCUCGCUAGAGCUCGAAUGAAGAGCGACAUCUGAUGUUCGACGCAGAAACCCAACAAAGUCUGAGCUAAAAGUCACAAAACAAUUUUAACUGUGAUGUAAGAACACACAGAAAGAUAUUUGCUCAAUAAAAGUGAUUUAAUUAAGAUAAUAAAGUGCUGAAAUUCUU